CCACCUAGGGGUCUUUUUGUGGCAAUAAUGCGUCUCAGUGGCGCUGGCUUUGAUGUGUGCAAAUAAAGUACUUGCAUAUGCAUCAUCACUAUAACAACCAAGGACAGCGUUACCUGAGCAAGCUUUGUGCUUGUCGACCUGUUCCUAGAGACUGGGUUAAAGCCGCCUCUUGUUAAACAACACCUGUUGCACUGCGAGAUAACACCACAAGCACAACAAAUUGCUGGGGAGAAUGAAUUCUGCUUUAUCCAGAGAUGCUCAGGUCAGGAUCAUGGAAACCACAGUCACCAAUGCGGAGCAGUACCUUGGGCAGUUCUGCACCCUGAUGGGCUGCUACUCACGGAAGACUGCCAGACUGAGAGACAAGACCGACCUCCUGAUCAGGCAGAUCAUGGACUUCGCAAACACAGAGAACUCCGAGCUCAGGAGAUGCCUGAAGGACUUUGCCGAAGAGUUAGCCAAAAUCCAGGACUAUCGACAGGCAGAGGUGGAGAGACUGGAUGCCAAGGUGGUGCACCCGCUGAAAGCCUACGGCAGGAUUACAAAGAACAAACGGGCGGACAUCAAAAAAUUCAUCAGCGUGAGAAACCGUGAAAUAAAAGAAAUUGAAAAACUGCAGCGGCUGAGACAGAAGAACCCUUCGGACAGACAGGGGAUUACACUGGCUGAGGCCAACGUGCAGAAGGCUUCUGUCAAUGCCAAUCACACCACGCGGCAACUGGAGGAAAUCAUUGACGAAUUUCAGCAGCAAAAAAUGAAGGACAUUAAGACCAUUUUUUCAAACUUUGUGACAAUUGAGAUGUUGUUCCACGCCCGAGCCCUGGAGGUUUACUCCAGCGCCUUCCUGCACCUGGAGAACUUUGAUGAAGAAAAAGACCUGGAGGCUUUCAGGUCAAAAAUCUGCAUCAGUGAAUUUGAGAAAAACACACGACUGACUCAGGCACAAAGCACUUCCUCCCUGCAACACUCUCCUGAGAGCCAGAGUCGGGUUCCACGGGGAAAUCUUCAUCCUCUUUAUAAGGAAGAGGAGUCUGAGGAGGUAGAGGAGGAGGAGGAGGAGGAAGAGGUUGAAGAGCUACAAGAGAAUAGUCACAGAUAUGCUCAGUAUGCGAAGAUUGUGAGAUGAAGCACAAUCAGUCACACAUAAUGCACAUCCAUUGUAUCACUGUUUAUAACCAUCCCAUCAAUGUAUCGCUCUUUGUAACAGUGUCUCAGAAUAUCCCAUCAAUGUAUCGCUCUUUGUAACAGUGUCUCAGACUAUCCCAUCAAUGUAUCGCUCUUUGUAACAGUGUCUCAGACUAUCCCAUCAAUGUAUCGCUCUUUGUAACAAUGUCUCAGACUAUCCCAUCAAUGUAUCGCUCUUUGUAACAGUGUCUCACAGACUAUCCCAUCAAUGUAUCGCUCUUUGUAACAGUGUCUCACAGACUAUCCCAGUCAUUGGUACGUGUUUCUGACAGUGUUUUGUGUACACAAAUUGGGAUGAAUGAAAAAGAGAUCAAACUUCAACCACAAAAAACAUCAGUUAUUCCAUGCUGUCAGUUGAAAAUUAUGUGUGUUCUUUAAGCCUAAUGGGUCUCGUGUGGUUCGUAAAAUGAAUGGCGCCCACAGCUGGAAGCAUCAUGUGUGACUUUCAGUCUUGUCUUUUGUGUGGGGCAUGUACAUUUCACAGUGUCAUCAGUCAUUGUGUAUAAAUAAAGCAGGGGUGAGCUGUC